GUCACGUUUGCGCGCACAGCUCUAGCAGCAGCCAGGAAGGGUGCAGUUCAGAGGGACGCAGAGGAGAGACAACAUGGGAGUCGAGGUGGAGACUAUCACCCCCGGAGACGGAAGGACCUUCCCAAAGAAAGGACAGACCUGUGUGGUGCAUUAUGUCGGCUCGCUGACAAAUGGAAAGCAGUUUGAUUCGUCUCGUGACAGAGACAAGCCCUUCAAAUUCAAGAUUGGUAGCCAGGAAGUGAUUAGAGGAUGGGAGGAUGGAGUUGCCCAGAUGAGUGUUGGUCAGAGAGCGAAGCUGACAUGCUCACCCGAUUUUGCCUACGGGUCUAAAGGCCAUCCAGGCAUCAUCCCACCCGACGCCACUUUGAUUUUCGAUGUGGAGCUCAUAAGGCUGGAAUGAAGCAGUAUAUUUUUUGUUGCCUCCUACGACAAGAACACAAGUGAAAGCUAGGAGUGUGCGCACUUGCAUAUCAGGGGCUUGUUGUAUCGCUCGGUCCACCUCGGUCACUAUUUAUCCAUAUAGAGUCUGUGUAUCGGUGACUGCGUUUCUCACACACCCUUCCUUUUAAACUAUGGGCCAUAACCUUAAAAACCUCAAGUUCUUAGUCUUGAAUUUUAAUUGUGCUUUUUUCUGCUUUGUGUAGAAUCCACUGUGCAUGAUCAGGCAUUCUAACAAUAUACCAAUGAACAACAGCAAAUGAAACCGAUGGAUGAGUACAGCAGUGAUGUGCCAGACCAUAAAACUUUGGCGAUCUUUGUAUUGCUGACUUCAUUUAUAUUUGAAUCGAAAGCACACGGUCUUAAACCUUGCUGUCGGCAUUAAAAACAGGGAAUAAUGUACCUGCUCUCCACUCCAGUUUUGAAAGUUGUGUAUGACAGUGUAAGAUUUGGCACAGUUAGUAAAUGCAUCCCUGUAUGUUGUGUGCAUUCUGAACCAGCGUGUCAGUUUGGGGUUAGUUUUGGAGUGCAGGUACCUUGUCCCCAUUGUUUUUUAUUGUGAGCGUGUGGAGACCUGAUGUAGUGUAUUCAUGGCAUCCCUUCAUAACUACAGUGUAUUUGCAUGGCUGCUUAGGAACUCAAUGUCUGUACUCUUAUAGGGUCUCUCUACAGAAAGGCUAUUUGUUUUCCCCCCUCAAGUCGGGCUGUAGUCAUAAAGCCACAAUUGAGAGAACAAUACUGCAAGACCUUGCUAGGGAGGGUAUGUUAAGUUGUAGUUUUCUUAUGCAGUGCCUAAACAUGUGGGCAGGGAACCUUGCCAUUGUAUUUUUUUCAGAUGUCAACUAUAUAUAAAAAAAAAAAUACUAUAUAUUAUAUGUAGACCAUGUUAGGCUGAGCAGUUUUAAAAUUUUUACAACUGAUAGAUGUUACCAGUAAUCUCCCACACUCUAAAUCUUUUUGUGGGGCCACAGAGGCAUCCUUUGUAACUAAUUAAAGGUGCUGAUUUAACAAAUGACUAAAAUAAGAUGCUGGUCAUCACAACUGUCUAUGUAUCCUGUCCAGUGUGGCUUACUGUACUGUACUGUAUAUCUGCUGUGUGCUGAAUACUCUGCUGUUGCAAUAAAGUGCUUUCUACCA